AUGGCCACCGACAUCGAGAAAAUGUGCGAGAAGGCCGAUGGUAACGGGCUGCCCACGACCGAGGGUGGCGCCAGCCCAGGUUUGGUUCUAACUGGCGAAGUGUUUGAAGGCAACAAACAAUCGACGCAUCGAGGACUCAAGUCGCGCCAUGCGCAGAUGAUUGCAUUGGGCGGCACGAUCGGUACCGGCCUGUUUGUCGGCUCAGGCCAGACACUUGCCCAGGGUGGACCGGCACUCGUCUUAGGAUGCUACUGCUUCAUUUCGUUUCUCGUCUUCUGUGUCAUCACUGCCGUGGUUGAGAUCGCAACGUGGCUGCCCACGCCGGGAAGCUCCAUGAACCUCUUCGCCUAUCGAUACGUCUCUCGGUCACUAGGGUUCGCCCUGGGCUGGCUCUACUUCUACUCUCUCGGAAUCCUGGUGCCAUACGAGAUCACAGCUGCUGCCAUCGUAAUCGACUACUGGGAGAUGCCAGUCGACAUCAAUAUCGGCGUAUGGAUAACAAUUAUGCUUGUGGCCAUUGUCGCCCUCAACGCCCUCCCCGUUCGCUACUACGGCGAGACAGAAUUCUGGUUCGCCGGAACAAAAGUAAUCAUGAUGCUCGGCCUCAUGCUCGUCUCAGUCGUUCUCUUCUUCGGCGGCGGGCCUUCGCAUGAUCGUCUUGGAUUCCGCUACUGGAAAGAUCCGACCCCGACUUUCUUAACUUCCGGAGGUACUGGCCGAUUUUUGACGCUGCUCCGGAUGCUGAGCCUGUCGGUGGCGCCGUUCGCCUUUGCGGCUGAACUGCUUGUUGUCACGGGAGGCGAGAUGCAGAAUCCCCGCCGGAACCUUCCUAUCGCCGGUCGUCGCAACGACCCCGAUCUCACCAAUGGCGGUACCGGCGCUGGCUCAUCGCCUUUUGUCAUUGGAAUGAAACGAAACGGCAUUCGAGCUCUCGACUCAGUCGUUAAUGCCGGCAUUCUCAUAUCGGCAUGGUCUGCGGGUAAUUCUAGCAUGUUCGCAUUUCUUGCGUACAUCAACGUUGCCUCGUCUGCGUCAGUGGUGUUCAAUUGGUUUGUCAACCUCUCCAACACGGCUGGGUUCAUCUCCUGGAUUUGCUGCGGUAUUGUGUACCUGCGUUUUCGCAAAGCCGCACGGCUGCAGGGCAUUGAACCGCAACUUCCCUACCGUUGCUCGUGGAUCCAGCCUUACGGCACAUAUCUCCAGAUGGGAGCAUUUACAUUCAUGGCCCUCAUAAACGGGUUCUACGUCUUCUGGCCGCACAACUGGAAUGUGUCUACCUUUCUUACCGCCUACAUUGGUAUUCCCCUGUUCUUAGCCAUAUAUUUUGGCCACAGAGUAUACUGCAUGAGAGAGGCAUGGGCGCGUGAUCCAGUAGACGUCGACUUGCACACGGGUCUUGAUGAGAUCAUUGCCGAGGAAAGGCCACCAAAGGCGCACAAAUCGAGGUGGGGGAAGGCUUUCUCAGUGUUCUGGGAAUAG